UCUAUUCUGAAUCGACACGAGAAGAACGAAGAAGAAAAAUAAUAUACAUCACGUUUAACACAACGGGACAUAAUGUAGGGAGGGGAGAUAACAACAGUUAAAACGAGUGCUUAUUUUUCAAAUAACGAUGUCAUCUUGUAGACUUGUGGAUAUCAGAACGUAUGCUUUAAAAACAGGAACUCAAUGUUUGAGUUUAAGCGGUUGGAGAAGCGAGACAAAAGUUAUUGUUAGUUAUAGCUUGCUUGAAUAAUUUAUUACAUCUGGACUGGACCUGCAGCGAAACUCAUUACUUGGAAGUGCAACAGGUUGGAAAAUGGUGUCGUGGAUUAUAUCUAGGGUCAUCGUUCUUGUGUUUGGAACGCUGUAUCCUGCAUACUACUCCUUUAAAGCUGUCAAAUCCAAGAACGUCAAAGAAUAUGUGCGAUGGAUGAUGUACUGGAUUGUGUUUGCACUUUACACAGUGGUGGAGACCAUCACAGACCUUUCUUUGGCUUGGUUUCCAGUUUACUACGAACUGAAAAUGGCUUUCGUCUUUUGGUUGCUGUCUCCCUACACCAGAGGAGCCAGUGUCCUCUACAGGAAGUUCCUACACCCUAUGCUGGCAUCCAAGGAAAGGGAUAUUGAUGACUAUAUUGUCCAGGCCAGAGACAAGAGUUAUGAGACGAUGGUGAAUUUCGGGCGUCAGGGCCUCACUAUCGCGGCUGCUGCUGCCGUAUCUGCUGCUGUGAAGGGACAGGGUGCCAUCAGUGAACGUCUGAGGAGUUUCAGUAUUCCAGACCUAACACAGAUCCCCUCUGAGCAGUCAGCCUUCUCCAACCCCAGCCGACGACGGGCCCUUCAGCCUUCUAACCCCAACGCUGUCCAUUCUGAGCCAUAUACACAAGCUGGGGAGGGGCAUGAGGAAGAAACAGAUGGAGUAUUCUCUGAAGACGAGGCAUCAGUGCAGAAGGGCCUGCGCAGAUCUCAGAGUGUCAAACUCACCCGUGCCAAAGCAGCACGCAAAGAGCCUCGUUAUGGAUCUCUGAAGCUGAAACCCCGAAGGCGGCAAUUGGUAACAUCAUCCACUUUUGACCAUCCUUGAUUGUCCAAUACAAACUAACAGAUGGGAUCAGCAUCAAAACUGCAGUCUAAUCCUCGGUUUUAAAAUGCUCAAGUUUAAUUCUAAACUUUUGUCAGGCAAUUCUGCAAAAUAAUGCUCUUUCAAAGCAGCACUAAACGUUACAAACUACAAUAGCAUGAAUAAUGACAUUUACAUUCAUUCUUUUAGUAGAUGCUUUAUCCAAAAUGACUUACAGAUGAGGAAUACUACAAUACAAGCGACAAUUAUGCCGAGUGAUGACUAAUCUUGCGUGCAGCAUUAUUUGUUCAGAAAAAAUACCAAAGUCUAGUAUGAGUACAGUCUUAUUUAUAAAUGGAUCCGAACGCAUCUGAUCUGUAACUUGACCUGAACCUGCCUCUGUAGAGACAUCUCUUGUUACGCGGAGUAGCACGGAUAUCGUGGUGUCCUCGCUCUCCCUCUGCAGGGGCAGGUGUCAAAGGUUACUGUAGCAGUAAUGAAAUGGAACAGAAAAGUGGGCUAACAGAAUGAGUGUGCAUGUUAUAGGAGUUUUUUUGUAUUCAGCAUGUUAAUGUUUACAAUUUCCUUAGUUCACCCAGAAUAAACAUUAUGUCAUUGUUUAUUAAUCCUCAUGUCAUUCUAAACCCAUUCUGAAUGUAAAAUUACUAUUUUUGGAGAAUAUAUUUUUUCCAAAUAAUUAAAGGGGGUUCAAUCUGUCAAGCAAGCUCCAAAAUGAAAACCAAAGCACAAUAGAAGUGUCAUAAAAGUGGUCCAUUUGACUAAUCAGAUCUCUUAGACUAUGAGCUGUCCUGUGUCAGAUGGGUUUGGCUCAACUAUGGUAAGAUUCAGAGUAAUAGAAAAAAAAAUGUUGAACCCAUUUUUCUCAAUUUCAGUGUUGGUUUUGUUACAGCAUUUUAUCUAGAAAAAAGUAAAAAACUACACAAAAAAAAAUCAGAAAUUUUAGGUUAACACCAAACCAUUCACCACUGGUUCAAUUCAGAACUUCAAUGUGGGGGAAUUCAGUGAAUGGUUUAUUAUAUUGGGAAAAAAUAACCUGGAUAUUAUUCAAAACUUCUCUUUUUAUGAAGCUUUGGAAUGUCAUGAGGAUUUGUAAAUUAUUUUUCCUGCUUUUUGGGGGGGUGAACUAUUCCUUUAACUUUUAAAUCUGUUAUAAAAUAUUAUAAUAGUUAGUUUUCAGUCUUAACAGUAUUUUUAAAAGAUGUUUCCAAAUACAUUUCUUAAGUUUGAAUGUCUUGGGUUUGUAUUUUGAUUUUUCUUUUUACAUUUUGUGCAAUCUAUUUUUUUAAAAUAAUGUACAUUCAUUUUAAUCAUGUUUGUUUCUGUAUUUAGUCUGUCGUGCAAAUAUUUUUCAGCCGCCUUAAAUUGAAAUAACAAAAUGCACUUAUCAGCAUAACAUUUGACCAAAACACUCCAGAUGUAUCUUUGCAAAGCGUGACAGGAGAAUAAUUCUGAUGCUUGUUGACAGAAGUUAAACAUUGUGGUUUGUACAUGUGUAAACCGUGGCAAUGAUUUGUCUGUUUUUGAACAUGUUUGCGUUAUGUGUUGGACAGUUAAUUGUAAGGUUUGGGAAAAGCCUGAGCAUUGGGAGGUGUUAGUUUUGGGGAAAACGUUUUGACUAGAUUUGUGUCCAAGAGUCUUUGAAUGUGUUAGUAAACCCUGGACCUAAAAGAAUAAGGUUUAUUUUCUUUGACCUUGGGACAAGUCAUGGAAAACCAUGGAAAUACCAGGGAAUUUUAAAAGGUCUUGGAAACAUCAAAGAAAUCUUUUUUGUUGUUGUUGUUUUGCUCUAAGCUAUUUUAUGGACUAGAUAUUGUUUUAUGAAUGCCACAUGUAAGCGUGAAACAUCAGUAUGUCAGAUGAGGAUCUCUUUGGAGACAAGACUAAUAAAACACUAAAUAUAUUUUUGUAAACUA